AUGGACCUGCCGCACGAGGUGCUACUGAAACUCCUGGCGGCCCUCCCCGUGGCUGACCUGGGGCGGGUCGAGCAAACCUGCCGCCUGCUCCGCGCCCUGAGCCACGAGAACCUCGUCUGGCGGGCCAAGGCCCGCGAGCGCUGGUCGUCGGCGCCCCCCUCCGCCUCCGCCGCCACCGGUGUCGUCGGGGCCUUUCGGCGGCCCGUCCACCACCUGCGGAGCUGGCGGCGCUACUUCCACUACAAGACCCUCCUACACUCUCCCGGGGCGUUGGAGUGGCACAAGAUGGAGAGGGAGGAGGAGAGUGUGCAGGCGCGAUGCGCGCACACGGGCUGCGUGGUGGGCGAUCGGGUGUACUUUAUCGGCGGGCAGGACAGCCGCGACCGCCGUCUGGGCGAGAUCCACUGCUACGAUCCACGGCACAACAAGUGGGAAGCGCUGGAGGUGCCGCAGGUGCCCAACUUUGCGCGCCACCAGGCGGUGGCUGUCGACGAUCGGAUCUUCUGCUUCGGCGGCUACGACCUCGAGCGCUUCUACGAACUCGCCAUGUUCGUCCCCGCGACGGGGAGCUGGACGUAUCCGGAGGUGACGGGCGACCGGCCGCCGCCUCGGUCGAACCACGCGAGCGCGGUGAUCGGCACCCGGUUCUACAUUUUCGGCGGAUCCGUAGGCGACAACGUCAACCGCUACGAGACCGUCAACGACUUUUACUGCUGCGAUGUCGCCACGUUUCGGUGGACCAAGCUCGAGGCCAAGAACGCGCCGUCGAAUCGGGUGGGCCACAAGAUGAUCGCCGUGUGCGGCAAGAUCUACCUCUUCGGCGGCGGCGUGUGGUCGUCGCAGCACGGGUGGACCGAGCAGUACAAUGAAACCUGGCUCUACAGCCCUGAGGAGAACGAGUGGACGGAGGUGAAGGUGGCGGUGCGGCCGCCCGUGUGCACGUACACCUACAUCUUCUCGUUCGGGACGCACAUCGCCGUCUACGGCGGAGCGAGCAUCACCGGCCACAGCGUGCAGAAGGAGCUCUGGCUCUUUGACACCAUCGCCCAAACGUGGGACAAGAUGGAGGUGGCGGGGGAGGAGGAGCCGUCGUCGCGGAGCAUGGGCAGUUCGGACCGGGUCGGGAACAGCGUGUUCUUCUGGGGCGGCUACAGCGGGGGCGUGCUCCCCUUCGCCAACGACUUCUACCGCCUCGACAUCUCCCGCGCCAUCGACCUCGCCCAGCCGCUCUUCCGCGACACCGACCACCACGGAAGCCCGUGA